AUGGAAAAAGAGGAAGGUAGCCAAGGGCAUGGGUUAAUGUCUGGGCCAGCUAUCUUCGGAUCAUGGGCACCGCUGGGCCAGACCCUGGGACCAAUAUACGGACAAUCCGGCCACCUAGGAACGUUUGAGAGCACAGGUCCUCGUUUGACUACCAGGACAACCUCACAAACCCAAUAUCCAUCGUAUCCGGAAAGACAUCUCUAUGGGUACCUUCAACGACCUCCUAGCCAGCCAUCAGGGCCGCCCGCAGACCUCCAAACGGGCCCGCGCCCUUGGUCACCGGCGUCUGUACCAUCCCGGCCUGCGACAACACUCGGUGUACCUGGAAUUCUGGGCGAGGGCAUCUACAAACUCAGCAAGGUUGGGCCUGCUUUUGCCAGCGGGCCGAGGGGAAGACGGACUACCACACCCCUCGAGCGCCACGGCCAUGGGAUGUACACAGUCUCUAAGCACUUUGACAAGACUCUCAGCAAAGCGGAUAUUCUCCAUGCAACAAGGGGAAGGUAUUUGGGGCGAGGAUUGUCUUCGAGCUUUCCAGACGAGUUGUCCCCGUACCAGGCCCGAUCACCCAGUCUGGGUGACCCGAGGACCGAAGAUCAGGGUAAACCCAGUCAGGCAGAACAAAUGUGGCAAAGUCCGGGUAGGAUGUCGAGUGUUCUAAACCGUGUUCCGGUCAAUGCCCAACACCGGCCAGGACCCAGACGACUACGAACGACGGAUCACGCUCUAGGCACAAACCCGUCUACCAGUUUCAACGGCAACCAAGAAAGCCCCCUUCUCUUCAAUAGCCAAGAAGGAAGUGGCAGCAGCGGAACCAUCAAGGGAUUUGUCGGAUGUGUUGUCGAAAUUUGA